UUCUGCGCUCAAGAGAGCGGACGUGUAAACGCGGCUAAAAGCAAUCCAACAAAAAAUAAAUCCAUCUCCCUUUUCAAGAAAAAAAAAUAACAUCGUUUUCCCAACGUCUAAUUUGCAUUUUCCGAUUCUAAUGCAACCAACAGAAACAACAACUUAACACAAUUUAUUUUCGAAAUUUCCAAAGAAGAAAAAAACAACGUGCUGUAAUCUUAUGAAAAAUUAAAUAAAAAAAACAAAACAAAAAUAAUAAAAGUGGAAAAAAAUUUUAAAAAAAAUCCCAACAAAAAAUAAAACGUGCAAAAUUUUUUUAAAAUUAAAACAAAGUGUUUAAAUAUUGUUUAAUUUUUUAACUAAAUCACAAAAAUUGCUCCCAAAUCUCUCGUCAUGGUUGAAGAAAAUAACAACAACAGAGCUUCAGAAAAUGGCCAUUUGGCCCAUGGCGCCCAAUCAGCCAAUGCCGGCAAGGCUACUCCUUUGACUUUCUAUGAAAAUUUGAAAAGUUGGGUGGAAGCCAUUGCCGAUGUAAUGAUGUUCAUCCUAUGCUCCAUUGGCUUUAUUUUAAAGGAUCUUUACUACAUCGCCUUUGGCUACCCCGAAAAGGAAUUAAAUAAUGACAUCGCUUUGGUGACUGGUGGCGGCAGUGGUUUGGGCCGUUUGCUGUCGAUGCGUUUGGGCAAAAUGGGCACCAAAGUCAUCGUUUGGGAUAUCAAUAAACAAGGCAUUGAUGAGACCGUCAAAAUGGUACAAGAAGCUGGUGGCUACUGUAAAGGUUAUGUUGUCGACAUUUCCCGCAAAGAAGAAGUCUACAAAGCAGCGGAAGUCUUGAGACAUGAAGUUGGUGAUAUUUCAUUGCUGAUCAACAACGCUGGCGUUGUGUCCGGUAUGCAUUUGCUUAAUACACCCGAUCAUUUAAUUGAACGUUCCUUCAAUGUAAAUGUUAUGGCUCACUUUUGGACCACCAAAGCUUUCCUACCCAAAAUGAUUGAGAAUCAAAGUGGCCAUAUUGUAACCAUAGCCUCAUUGGCUGGCCAUGUUGGCAUAACCAAAUUGGUCGACUACUGUGCCAGUAAAUUUGCUGCGGUUGGUUUCGAUGAAGCUUUACGCUUAGAACUUGAAGUCCUUGGUCACACCAAUAUCCAAACCACAUGUGUCUGCCCGUUCUUUAUCCAACAGACUGGCAUGUUCGACGAUGUGAAUGCCCGAUGGGUGCCCACUUUAAAUCCCAAUGAUGUUGCCGAUCGUGUCAUUACUGCCAUAAAGAAAAAUGAAAAGAUUGCCAUAAUUCCAGGAUAUUGUAAAUUCCUAUUAUCUCUCAAAUGGACCUUCCCAUGGGGUUGUGUGGGUGGUUUACUCAGACGUCUGGUGCCCGAUGCUUCACCACAUGGUAUUGCCCAGAAAUCGUUGUUGAAUGUAUACAAAAAAUUAUCAGCAACAGCAAGUCCUGCAACAGCUGUCACCAGUAUAACAGAUAUCUCAUCGACAUUUAAGGAGCCUGCAGCGCUCACAAAAGCCGGAACAUUGUUAAUAAAACGUUCACCCUCACUGGGUGAAAGAGUGUUGUAAGGCGAUAGUUUGGCCCUGCAGACAUAUUAGAUAGAUAUAAGGGUGGCUGAUUGUUUUCAACAUGUGCACGCUUGCUUGCUAGCCCGCCGAAGACAGUCACAACAACAAAAAAAUUUAGUCUAGUAAAACCUAAGAGGUCUUAGCUUAUUAAGUAUUCCCAUCUUUGUUUUUUCAAUUUCCUGAAUGCUUUUAAUUUAUUUAAAAAAAGAAAUUUGGCAUUUGUAUUUCUGUACUUCUUUUGAAAGAAUACAGUGGGACAAAAAAAGGGAUUUUUGAAAAUAUUGGAUUUAAAUUAUCUUUGAUGUACCCAUAUCCUACAGAGAGAGAUAGGUUACAAAUAUAUCUCCCAUAAACUAAUGGGAAGAAAAUUGAUGUACUUAUGUUACGUUUUGUCCCACUGUAUUUUACUUUUGUACCUAGUUUAAAGAAGCGUUUUUUCGUAUAUUUUCUAGUAUUAGUUGUAGUUAGGCAAAAUCAAAAGACAAAAAGUUUAAAACAAAAUGUUUGAUGAAAGAGAUCGAAAGUGUGCUCAAGACGAAGUCCUUGUAAGGCAAAGAGAGAUAUUGAAAUCAUUUUUGUCUUCUAAUGAAACCCAAAAAUGCAAUCACCUGGAAUCACUGGAAGACUUAAAUUUUAAUCCUCUCUCUCUAAAAGAAAGUAUUUUAUUCUCUAAGAAUAGGCUUUCUUAUUACCCUGGAUGCCAAACAUUUUAUUUUUUUGCUACAAAAUUAAAGUAAAUACUUUUAAGUGAUAUUAAUUGUAGUUAUAGUUCUUAGUUGUAAUUGUUUUUAUUUUUCUAAUAUUUCUUUGAACAAUCAGCGAAACGAAAACAAACAAAUCAGGGUUAUAUUUUCAAAUUUUAGUUUUAAGCGUUUUUUUUUUUUUUUUUCCUACAACAAACACAUUUCAUAUUUCCACUUUUUUUCUAUAUGUAUUGUUUAUAAGUCGGUUUAAGUUGCAAUUGCAUUAAGGCACUUUAUAAUCCUCCCCCUUCAUUUCAUCAUUUUCCAAUCCAAAACCAUUCCCAUUUGGACCAGCAUAAACUAAAAACAAGCAUUUCUAUUCCCAAAUAUCCGAACCCCUACUCCUCCCAUCCAUCCCAUCCCUAGAUUCCUUUCUUAAUCUAACCAAAGAUUCCUUAAUAAAGAAUUUUCGUUAUUGUUCCAUAUCAAUUUAAUUUUUAAUAUUAAUAAUUCAAAUACAAUUCCUAGUUUUUCAAAGAACACUACAUCUCUCUAAUGUGGGGGUAAUUGAUCGUUUCCCAAUUGUUAUUAAUACUUGCUCAACAAUGUAUUAGGUUUGUUGAAGCCAUUCCGCAACUUUACUAAAGCAGCCCAUCCACAGACGAAUUUGUUCGACGAACUGUUCGUCGAACAAAAAUUUCAUUUGCCCACCAACGAGUGCGAACAUGCUCGCGAACAUCAUUUGUAAACAAUUUUCAUCGAGUAAACAUGUCAUCAGAGAUCGACCGCGACACAGUCAUUGCCUUGAUGGCAAUACAUGUUUGUUUGGAGGAAAAAAAAAAAUAAGGAGGAAGUUAAAAAAAGAAAACACAGCAUAUGGAUGAAACAAUGGUAUGCAAAGCGCCAAAAGUUCACACAUACAAAACUCUUAAAGGAACUGAAAGAAAGUUCUCGGUUGGAUUUAAAGAAUUUUCUUAGAAUGGACGCUGAAACAUAUGCAGCUCUAUUAAAUUUGGUAGCUCCAGAAAUUCAUCGGCAGGAUACUACAAUGAGAGAAGCAAUAAGUGCAAAUGAAAGGCUUUCAGCGACUUUGCGCUUUUUGGCAAGUGGCCAAAGCUACGAAGAUUUAAAAUUUUUAACUGGAAUUUCUCCCCAGAGUCUUGGACGCAUAGUUUUCGAAACAUGUGGCGUAAUAAUUAAAAUACUUAAGCCGUAUAUAAAAAUGCCUACUAAUGAGGAUGAAUGGAAAGAUAUUGCGAAUGAAUUUGAAAAUCAAUGGAAUUUUAUUAACUGCAUAGGGGCCAUUGAUGGAAAGCAUGUGCACAUCAAAAAGCCAAAAACGUCAGGCUCGUAUUAUUUUAAUUACAAGAAAACGUUCAGCAUUGUACUGUUGGCUGUAGUUAACGCAAAUUACGAAUUUAUUUGUGUGGAAGUCGGAGCAAAUGGAAGAGCAUCAGAUGCUGGAGUAUUUGCCCAAUCGGAGUACAAAAGGCGCUACGAUGAGCAAUCCCUACGUAUACCCAAACCGCGGCAAAUUAAAAAUGCGUCAUAUGAACUACCAUAUGUGUUAGUAGGGGACGACGCCUUUCCCCUCUCAUCGAAUUUAAUGAAGCCCUACAGCCGCCAAAAGCUGGAAAAAGAGCAUCUCAUUUUUAACUACCGCCUUUCAAGAGCUAGGCGUAUAGUAGAAAACGCUUUUGGAAUUAUAAGCAGCAGAUUUAGGAUCCUUCUAAAUACUAUAUCCUUGCAGCCAGAAAAGGCUUCUGUAAUUGUUUUAUGUUGCUGCUAUUUACACAAUUAUUUGUCCAAGGAGAAUGCCCGAGUUUAUUUGCGUGGAGCAGCAGAUCCCGACAAAAUGUCUGACCAGCAAAUGGACGAUUUGAAGCCGUUGAAAGGCAGUAAUUAUACUGAUGAUGCCAAAGAAAUUCGCGAACAUUUUCGCGAAUACUUCAACACAAUUGGAGCAGUACCUUGGCAAAAUGACCGCAUUUAAUAUUUUAUAUUUUUCUAUAUGUAUACUUCAAACUUUGCUAAUAAAUAUAUGUUUAUAAACAAUUGUUUUUAUUCUAAA